AUUAUUAGAUAAUGAAGAAAACGUAAAAUGUUCAGUUUGUGAACAAUCGUUCAAGAAUAUGGAAGAAUUCACCGCUCACAAGUGUGGCAAGAAUGGCAAAUGUUUUAAAUGUACAAUCUGCAAUAAGACUUUCGCAAGACAGACGUUACUACGACAACACAUGGUGUUACACCAGGGAAGUAAGAGGUUCAGAUUUAAAUGCAACUAUUGUGGAAGAGCAUUCAGACAUCGCAGUCAUUUGAGAGACCACGAGAGAAUACACACUGGUAGGUAGAAUAAAUAUGAGGAGUUUGGUUAUCUCACUCGAUACAAUUAAUUGUUGAAAGAAUUUUGUAGCUGGAAAUUUCGCGCGUAAAUUUUAUGCAGAAAAUUGUAUACAGUAAAUUUUAUAAGGAAAUUGUUUUAGUGUAAAUUUUAGAAAGCAAUUUAAUAAUCUAAGCUACGUAACUAAACAAUUAUUAAAUUUAUCAAAUUUUCAUAUGAAAUACGAAUUUUCAUAUAUUGUGGUAGAGGCACCAAAUUCCGUAGUCUAUGACUGUAUGACAUCAUCACACUAACUAAUGAGUAAGUGCCAAGUAUACAAAAAAAACCUACCUCGUAUACCACAAAAAAGUCUGCUGUUAGUUUUAUCGAACGAAAUGCCCAAUAAACCCACAUACCUUCUACUGGAAUCACCCCAUGACAUAUACACAGUAAUUUGUGUACGUUAGAGCUCGACAACUGGACUCGGUAGCUCAGUUGAUAAGAAUGCUGCACCGUAAGGUGGUUAGGGUCUAAUAAUCUACAUAAGUUUGCGUUCGAAAAUUCCGUUUAAAAUCCCGUUUAAUAAUCAUCUGUCUCUCUUUAUUUUACAGGAGAACGUCCUUUCAAAUGCUCGUUCUGUCCAAAGGCCUUCAAGCAAUCCAGUGACCAUCGCAAACAUGAGAACUUACAUACGGGGACCACGAGAUACCGCUGUGAGAAAUGCUCGCUGGACUUCAAAAGAUGCGAUGCUCUCAAGAGACAUGCUAUGAUGCAUACCAAAGGCGAGGUUACAUUGCUGAAAUGUGAAAAAUGUCGCAGCCUCUUUGCAACAACCGAUGGUCACAUGUCCCACGUUUGUUUAAGUAGACGUAAGUAUCUGAUGGAUCAUAUACGGAGCUAUUGACCCAAUUUAUCAGAGAGACGGGUGAACCGCCUGAACUAAAUUGAGCAAAGAAAUUAUGGUCCUUGAAUAUGGGUUGUCAUCAAGUGAUCUGAUGUUGUACAUGGUUAAAUCAUGCAGAGGUAGUUCAUGUUCUUGGAUGUGGGCUACCUUGAAGUGAUCUGACGUUGUACAGAUCUCAAUGCUGAACCCAGCAUGGUUAGAUCAUGUUCUUGAAUGGCCCUAAAGUAUUUGCUUUCUAUUAAAAACUGAUAUAUACUUUCUCUUUCAGCAUACCGCUACCGUUGUCAGAUAUGUCCGGAGCGAUUUACGGACGCCGAUGAUCUUCGCCAACAUUGCUACAACUUACAUGGCGAACAGUCGACAUUAUCUUGCUUGAAAUGUGAGUUCUGUAAACUGGAAUUUGACACACUCGGAAAACUUGACGAACAUUUGGGGACACAUUUUCUUAAGAAGACUCACAGAUGCAGAACAUGUGAUCAAAGGUUUUCUCUACUAAAUCAACUUGUAGAACAUGUGAAAAUACAUAGUGCGCCCUCUCUGGGAAGCAUCUCUGCAUUUGAUCAGAGCGAGGAAAAUAGCGUUGAGGAAGCUCGCACUAUCAAGAAAAACUUUAAUCAACACAAGGAAAGUCCGCCUAAUGUAACAGUAAUGCCCCAUGCUUCUAACAGACCAAUUAGGCAGAGAUAUGAUUUUAUACCAAGUAAAUAUCAACCCCCUGUUCACACGAACCCAAUGUAUGGUGAAAUAGUCGUGGGAAAUUGGGCGCGACAACACAAUUAUUAUCUUCAAUUACGACCCGAGGACCACGGUGGUCCGCGAAGUAUUUCCGCAACUGACCCGAUUUCUUCCAGAAGUAAUAUGAAACCUUACCGAAGGAGUACGGAACCUCCCGAAAAUCAUCCGACAUCUUCCUGUGAUACUACCGAACCCUACCGACAGAGUACGGAACUUUCCGAAAAUAAUCCGAUAUCUUCCCGUCGUAAUACGGAACACCACCGACCGAAUACGAAAUCGUCUGAUGUGAAACCGAUGUCUUCCGAAAGUGGAUCGAAUGAAUCCCACCCUUCCACGAUUGCUAAUGCGGUUGCGGAUCCAUUUUCUACCACUUCAUUCGCCGCUUAUCAUGCGAUUGCUCUGUCGAGGUCUACGCAUCGAACAUCACAUGGUCUGAGAAGGGAACAAAAACCUAGCCAAUGCCAAUCGCCAUCCAGCCGAUACGAACAGAAAACUGGCCGGCAUGAACAGACAACCAGUCGACAUGAUCCAACGUCCAGCCGUCACGACUUGACAACUUCAGUUGCGAAUGUCGAAGUCUCACAUAGGCCUGAUGUUACUACGGAAGCUGGCAAAGUUUGUCUUGUCAACAAUCUUGCAGACUCACCUAUGGUUAAUCGAUUAGAUGUCCAAAAUAAUUCAGAUUCUUUAGAAACCCAUAGAAAUGCCGAGGAAAGUAGAAGCUAUUCGAAUGACGUUCGAUUACAAAACGAAGUAAUCCGAAAGAGUUCCGAUCAAACCCGAACGAAUCUCGAAGAAACACGAAGAAAUUCUGACGAAGUCAGAAUACCUUCCGAAAGAAUGCGAAGCAGUUCCGAAAGUAAUCAAAUUGGUUCCCAAAACAUUCAAAUUGACUUGACUCUAAGAAGUCAAGACAAUUUGACCACCUCGAUGGAAGGUGACACAGCCGAUGGAAGACUAAGUGAUGAGCCAAGUUCACAUCGUAAGAACAAUGAAAGUCACUUGGCCCAGUCUCAGCAUGUUGUAAAGCGAAAGUACACGUGUUUAAACUGCAGGUCCGAGUUCUACCAUGAAAGCUCUCUGAUCGAUCAUAUAUGUGAUAUUUUCUCGGAGACAUUGUACUCUUGUCUUGUGUGUAAGGAAGAUUUUGAAAAAUACGAAGACCUGCAAAAGCACAUGAGAUCACAUUGGAAGCACGUGGUAUACUUUAAGUGUACUCUCUGCCGGGAACGAUUACGGUCUGAAGAACUACUUAAGAAACAUAAUUUAAAACAUAUGGAAGACGCCCGAACCGAACGAACUGAAUCUGUUGACUCUGAGGAGGAUAAAGACGGUUACCAUUGGAUAGCAAAUGAUAAAAUACAAGAUUACCGCCCUGAAACCCUUAUUACCCCUCCCGAUUCAGCAAAGUCUGUGACAUCACCUGUAAUUUGUUCGGUUAGUAAUAAUAUUGUAACUAAGCCAGCACCGUCAAAACGAGGCUAUAAUGAACGUCGUAAAUCAAAUAUGGAUGCUGAUGUUAGUCCUAAUAUUGAACUAACACACUCCAGUCGUGAUGACGUCAUCCUGAGGUCGAACCCUGGAUCAUAUAUACCAUAUUAUGAGGCACGAAAACAAGCACCUGGUUAUCUUAAUGUGUUGAGUCAAGGUCAAGCUAUGGUGGUGUCUGCAAUGCAUGCUGCCAUGGAGACCAGUGGUCGAUAUCAUGCACCCAAUGGACUUCUUUAUUCGCCUGCUAUCAGCCGCUCUGCAUAUACAAUAGAACAUACUGAUCACCGAUAAUAUAAUGUAUGUCAUAUAUUACACGCUCUCCAUAUAAUGCUGUAGAAUAUUACUGAUACGUCAAAUAUGACCCAUUUGGGAUAAACUUUAAUUAACAAUUAUUCGCCGAAGGCGAGGUGAUCAUCGGGGAAUAUUCGCCGAGACGAAGUCGAGGUGAAUAUUCUCCGAUAGUCACUAAGCCUGAGGCGAAGAAUUGUUUUAGUAUUUUUGCACAAGUUUUUUUGUGUUUUUCUGGUCUGAAUUCAUUUUAAUUUCGCUUAUUUCUUUAUCACUAACUUCAACAAAACGGCUAGCCGCCAUUUUGAAAAUUUCGAUUUUGUUAUAUUCACCUGUAGGUGAAUAUAGCAGAUUAGUAUAAUUACAUAGGUGAUUAUUGAAAAUUCUCUACGCUGAUUGGUUGCCGUUGAGGUGAUUAUUACGCGAUAAUCACCUAAGCGAUUUUCAAAAUGGCGGCCGAAGCCUUCAGUUGUCAAUUAAAUGACAAAGAAAUGUGUAUUUUCUUAUUUUUUCCCAAAUAAUCACCUAUGAAAUUAUACUAAAACAAUUAUUCACCUCAGGCUCGGUGAUUAUCGUGAAUAAAAACCUCGACUUCGUCUCGGUUUUUAUUCACCGAUAAUCACCUCGCCUUCGGCGAAUAAUUGUUAAUUAAUACGUCAAAUUUGACCAAUCACCUUGUAGGAUUUGUUAUGUUCACUUGUGCAAAAAUACUAAAACAAAAUGUUCUACACGCUGAUGCGACUUUGUCCCCAAUUUUUCACAUCGCUAUUUACAAUUAAAGACCUCAGAAUUUCAAAUUAGUCUAUACCCAAGAUUUCAUGUUGUUUGGAAAGUUAGGUCACGAGGUACAACGUUUGUAAUAUUUAGUUUCUUGUAGACAUUCGACUGGAAUUUGUUAUUGCAGGGAAAACGUUUCACUGCAGUAUUGAAAAAGGGUGCUCUACCCAGCCCUAGUUUUCCGACCAGUGCGUCAUUGCUUCCAUAUUGUGGAAACAUCUAAACGACCAUUGUGUAUGCACACAAAGUGUAAAUAAAUAAAUCUAACUGUUUUUAGCUGCAUAGACAUUGACUAUGGAUGAAUGACAUUUUCUGGGCGACGUUGCAUUUAAGUGUCUCAACAGUUGCUAAUCAAAGUUAAGCCCUAAUUUUGGAUUGGGGUGUGACAGAUUGGAAAUUUGAAUUAGCAAUUUAAAAUUUUGAGAAUUUUUAUGGAAUGUCAACCAAGAAAACCAUAUACUGUUAAUAUAAUUGUAGUUUUGUGCACUUUUUAACGUAGUUCAAUCUAGUUUGUGUUUGCAUCUUACAUGCAAUGCAUUUCAUUCACUUAUUGGUACAUUCAAAUGCACAACAUUCAUACAAAAAUAUCGUGUAUACUUAUUUUUUAUUGGUACAUGCCUAGUGAUAUUUUUGAUAACGUAACCUUGGCGCGCCAUAUGAGGCCUUUUGAGUUAAUCUUGAGUUAAAUUCUUGGGAUACUGAUACAUCGUGCGACACACAACACUCCAUUUGCUUGUUUCUGUACAUUUACACAGUAACAUUCGUCAGUUGUAACCAGUGAACUCAGGGUUUAUUUUAAGAAAAAUUUAGAACUGUACAUAUAAG